UUUAUAUCGUUUUUCCGGGACGCUUCUGUCACCAAAAAUGGCUUCUCUUGACAGGGUAAAAGUAUUAGUUUUAGGAGAUUCUGGGGUGGGCAAGUCUUCCUUGGUCCAUCUUUUAUGUCAGAAUCAGGUUUUAGGAAAUCCAUCAUGGACUGUUGGCUGCUCAGUGGAUGUACGGGUUCAAGACUAUAAGGAGGGAACCCCAGAUGAGAAAACCUACUACAUUGAACUUUGGGAUGUUGGAGGAUCUAUAGGCAAUGCCAGCAGUGUCAAAAGCACCAGAGCAGUCUUCUAUAAUUCAGUUAAUGGAAUCAUAUUGGUACAUGAUUUGACAAAUAAGAAAUCUUCUCAGAAUGUUUACCGUUGGUCAUUAGAAGCUUUGAACAAGGAUUCUUCGCCAACCGGAGUCAUUGUCUCAAACGGUGAGUAUGAUAGAGAGCAGUUUGCUGAGAACCCAGUGCCUUUGCUGCUGAUUGGCACCAAAUUUGACCAGAUCCCAGAGAACAAACGCAAUGAAGUCCUCACCCGAACCGCGUUUCUGUCUGAAGAUUUCAACGCGGAGGAGAUCAAUCUUGACUGCACCAACCCAAGAUAUCUUGCUGCAGGCACAUCAAAUGCAGUGAAGCUUAGCAGGUUCUUUGACAAGGUAAUAGAAAAGAGAUACUUCACCAGAGAUCCAGGUCAGGUGGCCAGUUUCACCGACAGAAAACGGUUCAAUUUCAAAAGCUUGCACUAUGACUGAGAAGACAUAACUGCAGUCACAGUGGCCUGUGGUUUGAUCAUAGUGCCUGUGGCCUUUUACACCACAACCUUUACACUCACUGUGGCAUGCCAUUUCUCCUUUAUGUUAAUCAGUCUAUACAUGUUUGUGCCAUAUUAUACAAACAUUCAAGCAAAUGCCCCCCAAAAUUGUAAACCAUUUUAAAAAUUGAGAUAAAUGUGGUUGAUAAAACCUGCACAAGAAAUUUACAAAAGGCAAAGGAAGCUUAUAUCAAAAAUGAAAUUACACACACUAGAAAAAUUAUAUGAAAGCAUGUAGGCAGAUGGUAUAAAUGUACAGUGAAAUUUUGUGUUAAAUGUCCCAAUUAAAACAAGUCUUUAAAAUA